AUGGGAGAAAGUCGAGGCAUAUUAAUCUCAUUUGCUUUAUGUUCUGUAGGUGUAGGAUCUCUGAAGUUUCUCCAGGAUCCUCCACCAAUCCAGGCAUCUCAUGUCGGCUGGAGUGUUGACUACAAUUGCUCAACAGAUGACCCAAAUGCCACAGUGUUACUUCUAAAGUCUACAGAUUUUGAGUUUUCUUUUAAGGUGUUUCCAGUCACACCAAACAAACUUCUUUUAAGGGAACAAGUGUUUACCAUAGUAAACCUUAAUAUUUCGGAUGGAGGAUACUAUAAAUGCAAGGCAACGGACCAGUCAGGUCAAACUAUUCAGUGGAACACUGGUUCAAUGUUAUUUGUACAAUCAGGUCUGUAUGAAAAUUCUGAGUAAGUUGGUACUCGAUAGUUAAACGUACAUGUACAGUGUAUAGGGCGAAUGUAUCCUUUUCAGAGACCAAACUUUGUAUUUUUAUUUUUUCGCAUGCUAUUGAAGGUUUUAUUUUCUGUUCAUAAAAAUAUGGUACAUACCAUGCAGUCUUUGACAUAUGCCACUGCUGCAAGGUAGUGUCAAAUUAAUGUUUUAGAAUAAAUUCAAAGAAAUAAUUUUUUCACUGAAGGUAUAAAGGGGGUGCGGAUUUUAGCGAGUGACAAAAAUAGGGGGGGGGGGAUGUUAGGGGGUGGUCCAGGGGCAUGUUCCCCUGAAAAAAUGUUGACAUCUGGGCCUCUUCUGAAGCAAGAAUUAGAGUACAAACAGACAUCAUUAAAUUAUUUUAGCAGUUUUAGUAAGCGAGAGUACAAAAACAAUCUUUUUGUUUUAAUUUCUUCUUGACAAAAGCGUUAAAUUACAUUUAUAUUGAGGCAUGUUUUCAUAUUAAAUGUCCACUUAACCCUCGCACGUACAAGGGGUGGGCCACCAGUACCUGACGUUUUCAAUAGCUGUUCAUUCAUCCUUCGCGCACAUUUUGAGACAAGUUUAGUGAUGGUCAGUUGCUAUGGCUACGAGAUACGACGUCAAAAGCAGCAGGUGGUCAAGCCAAUUUUGGGUGAAAGUACAUGUUUUUUCAACCUCUUUCAAAAAUAAAAAAAAUCUUGUGGCAUGCAAAACAAGUAGACAACAAGUAGACAACAUUACUACUAUUACAGUCCAGCUAUACAAUUAACUACGAACUGGACUGUAAUAGUAGUAAUGUUGUCUACUUGUUGUCCUGUAAGGUUUGUCAUGCGCAGUACGUUGGGUCAACAACAACAAAAUUUAGUCUUAGGUUUAACAAUCAUAAGGCCCGUUUUAGAGCGCAUUCAAGGCUUUCUUUUGAGGGUAGAAACAAGGAUGAUCCUUUAUAUAGACAUUUUUCUGGCCCGGGACACCAUGGUCUUGAUCGAGGAUAUCAGUAUACGGUUAAUUGACAGAGUGUCCGGGGAAGAAUCAGCUCUCCGGGAUAAAGAAGGCCAGUGGGCCUAUAGGUUGAACUGUAUUUAACCUCAGGGCUUGAAUAUAAGUGAUUCUUUUGCAGCCAGAAUAGGGCGAUUAGGUCUCGCGUCCGGUAAGAACGCACGCGUGUUUACCUUCCUUUGAAGCACGUGCAAGUUUUCAAAUUUGUUCCUUAUCAUGUAAUAAUGGUGUGUGAUGCUUGUAACGGGCCAUUCACCCUGAUGAAGGCCGUUUAACACGGUCGAAAUAUAGGAAAGAGACGAAAAACAUAUUGUUUUACUUUUCAGUUGUGGUACUGCAUUUAUUGAGUUGUGAAGGGAGUGUCUUCUAAAAGAUGCUUGUGAUAGGUUAUAUAUAUAUAUAUAAUAUAUAAAACAAAAAAAAAACAGUAACAUCAGGGGUUAUGGAGUUUUUGUUUAGUCUGAGGUAAGUGGAUGAAGGAUUGAAAAAAUAUGACAUUUGAAAACAAAAUUCAUAACCCCAAAAAAGUACAGAUAUAUGUUUUAUUAAUUUGAUUUAGAAUAUAUCUUGGUAAGGUUUAUCAUCUACAGAUAUACAUUGUUGCUUUGGAUCUCUAAAAAAACGAAUACAAUAAUAGUGCUAAUCAAGUCCAUCUUUGCUUGGAAAAACAAUGUGAUUCAGAUAGACCGUUUCAGAGACGAACACUAGCCAACUUAAACACAUGACUCCGUAGCUAAUACAAGCAUUGACCCUCAAACACAGUUAACUUGUCCCAUUCACAAAGAAGUAAUAAAUACACUUCAGAAGUGACAAAUAAAGCUCCUGAUCAAAUAAUUUAGAUGCCACCUUCUGGCUCUCAUGCAUGACAAAAGCAACUUUGUUGCUGUUUAAUACAGAAAGAUUGAUUGUUUUGUGCCCUCUCAGAGGAGUACUUGACCACAAUUUUACUGUCUUCAUUGACUGUGUGUUCAGCAAAUCCUACAAUAAAGACAAACAAAAGGAAAACUAAUUAAAAACACUGUUUAAAAAAUAACAGCAACACCUAGGAGCCUAAAGGGAGGACAAAAAAUGUCAGUAGGUGUUUUCCCAUUGCUGCAACAAUUAUUUAUAGUUUGUGUAAGGGAAAAGUACAAAAAUUAUUCUAGUCUCUUCAGUGCCUUCGAAUACAAGCUGCGAGGAGCGACGUAAGGCGAUUGUAUUCAUUGGAUGUGUAAUGUAGUACUUUAAUUUCCACGUUAAAAGAUGCGCGAAAUUAACAUACUGCUUUACGAACAAUUAGCAGGGUUAAUAUUACUUGAAUGAAACCGUUCUUAACACAAACUAGUCUCACCUGUCGAUUGGAAAUUUACACACAGCGUGCGUACACUUACCCGGCGCCAGCUCCGAAUGUAGUUAGUUUCAGCCAUUUUUAAUCGAAAUUUAUGGCAGAAAAAUAACAGCAUUCAGUCUGUAACUAUGCCUAUGCCACAAUUCCAUCCUUAAAACAUCUGUCAAUCGUAGUUAAGAAUAGAAACAAGAAGAAACCUUCAUAACGAUGGCGUCCCAAAACAGUCCCCAAGUGUACUAAAUAUGGCCCUGGUAAGGUCAAUUUUUGGGACGCAAUUUUCACAAAGAUAAGGACAAAUAACACAAAACAACAACAAGAUGUGUCUACCUCGAAGCGUCAAGUGUGGCUUUGAAGGAUUGCCAUCGCCGUAAGACAACAAUCGAAGGGAAAAACACACACCAAAAAUUAAAGUACCUCUAAAAGGUCCGAAAAAGAACAACAUGCAGGCAAAGAAACCCUGCAAUUCGACUGGUUUGUGCCACAUUUUCGCCAUCGUUUCGUCACAAAUUUCCACUAUGAUGGAACCAUCCAACGCCAUCCUGGAGCACGAACCAACCAAUCGGCGAUAAGAAAUCCCCUUGAGUUUUUGAUAUGUUGCAGUAUUUGAAAAGGUUUUGCCUUCCAUGGAAAGCCUUUCAUCUUCUUGACAAGAUGAGGUAUAUUUUAUGGAUGGUGGCGCUGCAGGAGGCCUGUGACAUCAUUAUAUAUGAUCGCCAUCUUGGCCACCAUCUUGCAUUUAACCCAGAAUUAGAAAUCACGUAAUCAUCAUCAUGUUCAUCAUCAUCAUCAUCAUCAUCAUCAUCAUCACUUUUAUCUAUACACGGUAAAAACGUCAGGGAAAUAUACAAUAUCCUAGAAAAACUUACAUACUAUUCAAUUAACAGUAAUAUCACUUACAAAGAUGAAUGUUGAAAUAAAUAAAUAAAAUUAAUUUAUAAAUUAAAGCCUGUUUUCCGUGAAUGCCGUGUUCGAGCUAGAAGUUGACAGUUUUCGAAAGCUAGUCAAAGAUUUUGCUUGUCUUACAUCAGUGGGCAAAUUGUUCCACAGAAGAGCCCCGCUGUAGUAGAACCUAUUUCUAUAGUAAUUGGUUCGUAGCAAGGUAACAGCAAGCUUAUUUUCAUAAUCUUUAAGGUUAUAAGAAUUAAACAAGUCGCUGCGUAGUAUGAAUUUUGAAGACAUGUUAUCAGGUGCAAGGCAAUUCAAAGAUUUAUACACCAUCACAGCCUUCUGAAUUUACCGCUGAGUUUCAAGGUUUUGCCACCCCAAUGCAAGUCAUUUAAAAGUAUACUCGCAUCUGCAUCAUAAUUGGAGUUUGUGAGAACGCGUGCAGCACGUUUCUGGAGUCGCUGCAAUUUAUCACGCAACGUUUUACCACAGUUAUCCUAUGCCACGCUGCAAUGGUCAAAAUGUGAUUUAUACUUUGCUGUUUCAUGCUUUAUUUUAACCUGUACAUUAUACAACGAGAUGUGAACCUUUGGGCUGAAUACCUAAAAGAAAAGACAAAGGACCUGCAAAUUACAGUAACCAUAUCAAAAGAACCGCUUAUCAUAUAUAAAAUAAGUGGAUUCAAAUCUUAAUUACUGUACAAAAUGCCAAAAGAUCCAUCAACAAAAAAAAAAGACAACAAAGAAAUCACGAAUACCAAAUACCCAAAACAGCUUAACACUGAAAAAACAACAAAACAGCUAGGAGAGAAAAAAAAAAUCCCUAACCUAUGCUCCAAAACUGAAAAACAAUCGAACCUUUCCGGAAGAAAAAACUACCUUUCGUAAACUUUCAACUUUUAACUACCUCACCGUUAUGAAUAAAGUAUACGAAUACUAACAAGAAAAACAACUGGACAUAUCUCCCAUAAAUGAAAAGCUUGUCAGGCUCGGAUUUACUAAAAUACGCACUUUUACCGUCUUUCCUGGCUUUUUUCCGUCUGUCCAUUUGCAUUUUCCUUAGUUCGUGUAACUCCUUUGGAAUAUCUUCAAACAUCUUGAAGUUUGUGUCUUAAGCUUACGACCACACUUGAACACGCGUUCCCUGUCCGAAUACCUAAAAAGCCGGGCUAUAAUUAACAACAACAACAGCUUUAUUUGUACUCCACAUUGAAUUAUAUAUAUAUAUAUAUAUAUAUACUUUUGUUUUCUUGCACGUGCGCCCGUGUACAUUUUUCACCCGUUAUUGUCCAACUUGUGAAAAAACUCGAAAAGAACAUGUCGCUGACUUUUUUUUUUAGAAAAGUGCAUGUGCCCUGCAAUACAAAUUUGCAAUGGCGAAUUAUAUGGCUGAUUAAAAGCCGUCACACAAAAAACAUUUUUUUUUUAAUAUUCUGUGUCGUUCCGUUGAAUCGGGAAAAGUCCCCGAAUUGGUUGGCCAUUAAUGUCAUGGCAUCCAUAGCAAGUGGCGAAGCAUAUAUAUAUUUUUUUGAUGGAGUGUAUUAUGCGCUGUCCAGAGGCGUUCUUAAGAGAAACUGUAAACUAACUUCAAAACAUUAUUUUGUGGCCGAGAGUUUAUUCAGUCUUCAGUGAGACGUUGCCUUACAAGAUGUGAUUUUAAACAAAAAAAGUGAGGCAUAAAUAUAUAUGACCAACUCAUCAUUUUUAUGUUAAAAUCUACUUCUAUGAACCUCGGCAACGUCUUGGUCCGUUUUAAUAAACUGCUAUAAUAUUGUUGCUCCUUCCCACAUAUCUAAUAUCGCGGACAUCAUUCACCGUUACAUCUUCCUUCUCAGAAAAAAAAAUAGCGGUUUUGAAAACACUUUUUUUUUCAUUUCAUCUGCGUUGUUGUGAAAAUUAAAAUUUUUUAGGUUUCCCCCUUAUCCUGUAACGACAACAGUUAUAUGACCUACAACUGACCGAAUUCCGCAUUCUUUAAUUUUCAAGAGUAUGCAAAAACAAGAGAAUUGCAGACAAUACAGCGUUUUCACUCACGUGGCAAGCAUCUAUGCAAAUUUAUUGGGACAAAAGAAAACGUUUACAUAAGAAAAGAGUUCAACUCCCAAAGGAUUUUCUCGGUAAACCAACAUGGCCGCCGUUUCGUUGUUUUAGAACACCAAUAUGGCCGCCGUGACGUCAUGUGAAAACGCUCUAUAUUCGUGCAUUCUUAUUUUUUUUCUGAGAAAUUGGAACUAAGAAUCUGACGACGACAAAAUUCAUCGUUCAACCGCGUUUUUUCGCAAGUUAGACAAUAACAAGUGAAAAAUGCACACGAGCGCACGUGCAAGAAAAGAAAAGUAUAUAUCUAUCUUAUAUCUCUCUAUAUGAAAACCUUUUUGAAAAUGGGUGUAUAUAUAUACAUAUAUAUACCCCUACUACUAUAUAUAUAUGUACUAUGUAUAUACUAUUAUAAAUAUGGAAAGUAAAGGCUGCCCAUAAUAACCAUUGAGGGCUAAAGAGAUUGGGCAGCCUUAUUUAAGUUGUUAAUAAAUGAUUUUGUUAGGGUCAGGUACACACGACACACAGCUGCACAGAAAAAAAAACUCGUAAAUAAAAGAAAAAAAUUCAGACAGCAAAAAAAAAAAAACUAAGUGUGCCAGUAUUAAGCAACGGAAAGCCAGAAAAAUAUAAUUGUACGGCUACCAUUUCCACUACCACUCCUAGGUUUUCCGAUUCUAUGUACACGUUGGAAUUCGAUGCCUUUCGCGUCCUCUAAACCAAGAGCGUCUUCUAUAAAAUUAACAAGAACAGUAGUAGAGUAGGGUCAAAAUUAACCCCGUUGGUGCCUUCCCUUGCCUUCCGUGUGCCUUCCCUUAAUUAAUAGGCAUAAGGGUCGAGUCUAUGACGUCACCCAUUGUUUUAUCCUAGAGAAAAAAAGUGCCUUCCUCCAUACUAAUUAAGUGCCUAGUCACUGCCUUCCUCCAUAUUAAUUAAGUGCCUAGUCAGUGUCUUCCUGCAUACUAAUUCGGUAUAGGUUUACUAAUGAGCGUCUCUCUACUUCCAUAGAAACAAUAGGCUUGCCUCGACUUGCCCGUGAAGUAACUUGGGCCCGGUUUUCGGACCGUCUAUUAAAAGGAAAAUAGGAAUAAGAGAAGCGAUCACCUAGCAACGCGAGAAACGACUUCCUAUAUCUUAUUUAGCGCUAAAACUCAGACAUAUAAACAAAACACAUACAGAAAGUGGAGUUGAAAAGUCUUUAUUUCAAUAAAGUUUACGUCUUCUUAUUUAGCGCUAAAACUCGGAUAUAUAAACAAAACACACGCACAUACACAAAGUGGAGCUGAAAACUCUCUAUUUCAAUUUUGUCUGACGUUUUCUCCGUUCUAUCUCGAGUAAAUGAAAAACUGUUAAAGUCUCAAGGUUUCACGCACCGUUAGUUAGGUAAUUAUGCGAGUUCACAAGCCCAAAGUUGAAUACAAAUUAGCUCUACAGGAAAAACCUCAAGGGAGCAUAUUGGCGUAUUAUUAUAAGACAAAUAACUUAACAACGAUCAAUUGAUUAAACACGCGACUAACAAUUGUUAGCAAUAACAUCAGACACGAGAUACCGUUUAAAACAAAAAGAGUCAAAUACACAGCGAUUUGAAAGACAACUAUUAAAAUAGUCAAAGAAAGCAAGGUAUCUUUUUUUUUACCCCUUUUCCCUCCUCAUUUUUUUUAUUCCCGCCUCCACAAUUUUAUUAUUUUCGCUCCUCAUUCGUAAACAAGUCCCUCCUCGACAAUUGUAAUAUUUUCCUUUUUUUAAUUCUCUCCACCACAAUUUUAAUAUUUUCCUUCAAUUUUAUUAUUUUUCUCUCCUCAAUGUUAUUAUUCCCUCCUCCACAAUUUUAUUAUUUUCCCUUCUCCUCCUCCUCCUCCUCCUCAUUUCUAUUGUUUUCCCCUAGUCAGGUAUAAAGGAUUUGCUUACGGCAUUCAUUGAUAUCUGUUUUUCUCUUGUCCGCACUCUCCUGAAACUCAGUGAUUUUUUCGUCAAUAAAUUUUACGUCUUCUUUCAUAUGGGAACAUCUAUUUCUAAUCAAGAGACUUCUGCUUUUCUUUAACGACCACGACGUCGGUCUCUAUAUAGGAUACUUUAGUUUGAAGACCCUUCACUGUCUGAUUAAGGUCGUCGACUGAUUUUUUCAUCCAGCUUCGUUAAUCUUUCGUUAGUCAUCGUCAGUCUCGCUAGAAUAAAGUCAAGCUUCUUCGCAAGGCUUUCAGUUGGGCUUAAAGCUGCCAUAACUUCAUCGCCGCUGUUAGCUUCAUCACUUGCUAAUGGUUCAACUUUUUUCGUCGGGAGAAACUAAUACUACUUCUUGAUUUUCUCUUUGGGGUUAGAUAAAUUGACGUAGACGCCAUAGGCACUUCAAUAAUAUAAUAAAUUUCUUAACGGCCAGCGGAGCAAAGUAACACACGUCUACAUGCGGCGACGGUCUCCCUAGUCUCCCUAGGAGAUACAGAAGAUAAGAAGCCCGACCAACGGAAUCAAGAAUCACACUCAAAUACAGAAGUACAAUGAGCCUCCUGAAUACAGACGACAUCAACAGUACACGGGAGACUACGUAACCACUGCGAGAGACCUGACGGCUUGUCAAGGCCGCGAAGAUCAUUGAUGUUAAUAGAAAUGAUGGAUAACGACGCGAAAAUGAAGCAAAGAAAACUCAUCAUUUCUCAUGAAGAGCGGGGGCAGAGAAGCCAAAGUGGAAGGCAACGAGUGCCUACCAGGUACACGAGCGGCCCUACCACGGCCGGGACUAGGAGACGCGACAAGAGAAACAGAGAGCUCUUGCCAACGAAGGGGCAGGAAAAACAGAACGGUUCCUACCAGGCAACACUUAACGAUAGGAACCUUCUUAGCACCCCGACUAGGACUCGGGGGCAAAGGCUUGGCAAGAAAAACCGCUACUCACACUAUACCCACUAUCAGAGGAGAGCUCAGACAGGGCCCGCCUGCGGGCAACAGAUUCCUCGUCCAUCGAGAUUUCGCCUUCCUCCAAAUCACCCCCGCAGGAUUGACUACCAAUAACACUAAUUUAGACAUUAACAUGUUUAGAUUGCAUUUCAUUAUUACUUCCAUUAUCAGUACUUUGCUCAUUAACAACAUUUUCUUCACUGCUACGUUCACUACUAUUAACAUCACUAUUUGCAAUAAUUUCCACAUUACUACUAAUAAUAUGAUUAAUACUUUCAUCAUUAACAUUACCAACAUUAUUAACAUUACCGUAAUGACGGUCACCACAAGAUUAGCACGGCCGCCGUACUUGAGGACCCGGCAGUACCAGAAGCAAGAUGUUGAGCUUCGGCCGGAGUAGGAUCCGCGCUCCUCUCCGCAGCUGAUUAUACAGCCUGCAGCCUACGCCAGGCCCCAGAGGGGUAAUUGCGAGCAAUAUGUCCUUCCGGUUUACAAGACCUACAAAGCCCCUUCAAGAGCCACUCAGCCGUGACGUGUCCAUUGGCACAGACGUCGCAUCUCGCCGGCUGCCCCAUAUGCCAUAUCUUAACGCCAAUUCCCCCAAUAUUCAGAUUGCGAGGGAUGGGUUGCUUCACUUCCAUCUUGACAAGCCGAGUAACAGUAUGCACGGUUGGCAAAUUAGGCCAAUGUUGUCUGGUACAAUCCUUUACCUUGCUGUAACCCCAGCCCCACCCCACCUCCCCCCCAACACCAACACAGCGAUAUCGUCCAGAUCAGAGCCCUCAUGAGGAUAAUGAUAGACAUGGACCAUCACUAUCUUAGGAGUUUUUGAAAGAACCUUGCACUCCACAUCGCGAAUAACGAGGUAGUGAACCUGGCCUGUUCCUGGUUUUACAGACACCCACGGCGGAAGGUCACUGCCAAAUAUCUGCAUUUUUCAUGGCGGAUUUUGAAAAGCUCUAGCGUGCUUCACUCGAAGUGAUUUGCACAAAGAAAUUUGUACAGAACUCUGUAGAUCAUCCUUCGAACAUUCAACCACCAGAAGCUUAGUCGAUUUGAAGGUUUCGCACAUGGUGAAAAUUUAUUUUCUUGACACAUUAUUUUGCUGAAGUAAAUAGACCCCUUCACGGUCGUGAGUUUAUGCUGGGUUAAAUCAGGACAAGAAAAACAAUCCGGAAAUCUCACACCCAGAGUCUUCUGGGGUUUUGGUCAGCGGGGCAAAGCCAGGGAAAACUCUGGGGACAUCGAUUUAUUCGAUUUUUUGACUGGUUGUUUCUUUCUAACGGGAAGUUGAGUACCAAAUAAAUUUCUGCAUUUUUAUUGGCUGUUGUCCAUGAGCGGAUGCUUAUUGCAUGCUUCCGGCGGAAGGUAGCCGUUUGCGAGUGAGUUUUGAAGGAAUCGACGUUUGUAGUUCAAAAAUCCUUUACUAAACCACCAUUCUGUUCUUCAAAAGCCAACGUGUGAAUAAGUUUAGCGCUGAAUAACGCAUCCAAAGCUUUUCGCUCACAAAUAUUGUGCUAGAUAUCAUCUUCGUCGAACCACGCAGCUCAUGCUCAGUAUCGAUCUGUUAAAACACCCGGGACGAAGAUAGCAAGAGAAGAAAAAGACAACAACAAAGUUCUUCUAAUAGUUAGGAGGGAAGAGAUUUAUGUGCAAGAAAAAGAUCCGGCAGAUCGAAAAUCAAUCAUAAACCGAGCCGAGAUUUGAUUCUAGACAUGAAAAGGUUUGUAGAUACCGAGAGAAGGACAACAAAUGUCUGGAAAAUUUCGCGACUUUGAGGAGAUAUAUCUUGGUUAGUUUUCCACAAAUCACCUUCAAACCGCUGAUUUUUAGUUGUUCAUAUCACAGGCAGCCCAAACUCACGUUACGAGGAAAGAGUGUAAAGUAAGUGACGAGUGACUUUUCUACUGGGCGCGUCGGUGUCGCGUUACAGCACAGGUAGCCCAAGCUCACUAUGAGAGCCGUGGACAACAUUAUCCCACUUAGCUAAUUAAUUAUUCAUACAGCAAGAAAAUUAUAAGACGUUGUAUGGAGAAAUAUUCUUUGCUCACUAAAUUAGCAAAAUGUACAUUGAAUAUCGCUUUCAAGCUUACCUUUAGCGUCUUCUUGUUUUUCUUUGUAUUCUGACUGCAUUUCAGACCUCCUAGGCACUGUUUAAGGCCUUUUUUGGAGCGACAGUUUUUCACCCAGAUGACAGUAGAGAGAAGAGAAGAGAAGGUUGGCAAACCUCUCUUGACCGGCUCCGCUCUCGGAGGCGAUAAAUUCCGUGACAUUUGCGACAUGGAGACAAUUCCGCCAGAAACAGAUGUCCUGAUAGAUAACGCACAUUUGCCAUCAUUCACAUCGCCAAAAUUCCCAUUUCGAAGGUCCUAAAUCGCCAACGAAGUGGGCAAUACACGUCUGAGGUGAGGCGAGUCGAGAGCAGACCCGCAACGGACUCCAACCGUCACGUCGACAAUUCAAACCGACGCGGGCUGGCAGGGUCAAAUUGUUCAACCGUCAAAGAACAAUUGGAGCAUUUAGCCUACUGGGCACAGUAACUGAUUUUUCACUUCUCACAUUGCAUUCCGGGGUCGCGGAAGUCAAGCAUCGCGUGUGAUAGUGACAUGUAAUAUCAAAACAUGUCGCGUUGUUAAUGUUAAUGUUUUCUGCCAUGAUUAAUAGUAGCGUCAAGAAAUCCAAUCAAUACAAAAAUAGCUACUACAUUUGGAAUUCAAAUUUCAGAAAUAGUCUGCUUGGGCUGUAAGCAGCUGAUGUAUAAGUUGAUCUUGAAAUUGGUGUAGCUAAUGUGGCAGAAUUACCAAGAGAAAAUUUUAAAGAAAUAUUUAUUUACAUAUUUUCUUUCCGUAAAAACACUCACAAUAGAUAAGAGCACCUGCCGGAAGAUCCUGUCCCCAAACUUGCUACUUACUGCCACUUGUUGAAAAAGGGAGGAAAAAUAGCUAACAACUGUUUACAGCCGUAGUAAUUCUUAUUGCAAAAUUUUUUUCUAAAUCAACAAUAAAAAACCAUUGUCAAACGCUUUUUAAAAAGAAGAGUAGAGAUCAAAACAUUAAUACAUUAAUAACGCGACAUGUUUUGAUAUUACAGGUCACUAUCACACGCGAUGCUUGACUUCCGCGACCCCGGAAUGCAAUGUGAGAAGUGAAAAAUCAGUUACUGUGCCCAGUAGGCUAAAUGCUCCAAUUGUUCUUUGACGAUUGAACAAUUUGACCCUGCCAGCCCGCGUCGGUUUGAAUUGUCGACGUGACGGUUGGAGUCUGUUGCGGGUCUGCUCUCGACUCGCCUCACCUCAGACGUGUAUUGCCCACUUCGUUGGCGAUUUAGGACCUUCGAAAUGGGAAUUUUGGCGAUGUGAAUGAUGGCAAAUGUGCGUUAUCUAUCAGGACAUCUGUUUCUGGCGGAAUUGUCUCCAUGUCGCAAAUGUCACGGAAUUUAUCGCCUCCGAGAGCGGAGCCGGUCAAGAGAGGUUUGCCAACCUUCUCUUCUCUUCUCUCUACUGUCAUCUGGGUGAAAAACUGUCGCUCCAAAAAAGGCCUUAAACAGUGCCUAGGAGGUCUGAAAUGCAGUCAGAAUACAAAGAAAAACAAGAAGACGCUAAAGGUAAGCUUGAAAGCGAUAUUCAAUGUACAUUUUGCUAAUUUAGUGAGCAAAGAAUAUUUCUCCAUACAACGUUUAUAAUUUUCUUGCUGUAUGAAUAAUUAAUUAGCUAAGUAGGAUAAUGUUGUUCACGGCUCUCAUAGUGAGCUUGGGCUACCUGUGGUUACAGGCGACCGUUGAAAAUAAGAUACUUUGUAUGAGAAAUAAAAUACUGAGAUCUUUGAACGCUAAAUAAGGUUAAAUCUAAUUUACUCCCUUCAUAAGACGAAGGGAGUAACAGCAGUUAUGCAGUAAAGCCAAAAAACCAGUAAAACGACAAGCAGACACUGAAACACAGUGGAAUGCAUCGCAGGUAAGUAUUUUUUAGUCAUUUCAUUGAAGGAAAAAUUAGAUUUAACGUUAUUUAGCGUUCGAAGAUCUCAGUAUUUUAUUUCUCAUACAAAGUCUCUAUUUUCAACGGUCGCCUGUAACGCGACACCGACGCGUCCAGCAGAAAGGUCACGCGUCACCUAUGGUAAGUAAAUUACUCUAAACCCUUUCCUCGUAAAGUGAGUUUGGGCUGCCUGUGUUCAUAUUUGCGUGACGGGCUCAUAUUUUAGGACAGGCCGAGUGGUAGAAUGCAUAGUUGUCUUGUGCUAAAUAUUAUAACAGCCGCAUAUUGAACGUAUUUGCCAAAACAAGUAAUGGCGAAAUAUUGUCGAUGAAACAAGCUUUCAAACCAUAGGUGUAGGAGCAAAAUUAAGCAAAGGAAGGCCGAAAUAUCGCUGUUCGAAACUGUGGAUUUGGGGAUUUUGGGUUGGGUUCCAAUGGAUUGUGCUGGAUUACGUUUGGGUCGUGUUUUCAUGACAGAAAAGGACGCUGUUAAUCGUUUUAAAUUGAGCUAAAAUUGCUAUAUUUGUCGCCCACUAUGUCGACUUUCAGGAGUGAGCGGCAAACUAAAAAAAUCAGACGUAAACGCGGCGGCCAGCCCCAGGUUGAAAGACUAAUUUAAGCAAUUUACCCCGUAACAUAGAAGGAUUAGGAGAGGGAGAUCACAACUAAAAUCAGCCUCAAAAAGGACGUUGUUAACGGACUUUUGUAGAUGAAAGAUUCAUACAGUGUGAUUACGGAUACUUUCUACUAGUGGAUGCAAGGGUGGCAAAUUUUAUAGGUAGGCGAGAACUUUUUCUAUUCUCAAAUACAAUUUUCGCUCCCUUCAUUUCUUUAUAAACCAAAUCGCCAAGUUUGUCUCCAAAAUAUGAGAAAGCCGCUUUCGUUACGCGGGCCAUGUGGAUAAAAAUAGCAAGAUAUCAGACUUGCGAGUGGAAAUAGAAAGUUAAAUUCCACUGAAACCGCCUUACUGCACUACGCGGACCAGCUCCUAAAAAUAUGGACGAAAAACGGAUUUCGCUUGUUGUGCUGCUCGACAUGUUUAAAGCUUUCGACAGCAUCCAGCAUGACAACUUAUUAUUGAAGCUGCACUCACUGGGUGUGUCGACGCCUCUUUACCCGUGUUUAAGAGUUACCUAUCACUACACAAGCAAGUUGUCAGGAUUAGCAGUGUCCUUUCCAACCCCCUCCCAGGGACAAUGGGUGUGACCCAGGUGUCCAUUUUCGGUCCAGUUUUGUUCACCUUGUAUGUCAACGAGCUUCUCUCAGCACCGAAGAAGUGCGAAGAGCCAUGGGCUAUGUAGACAAGCUGCUUUUGGCUCAUCUUUCUCCGUCAGACAUCAGUGUUGCCAUUUCUGACCUCAACCAACAGUGACCUCUCCGAAGUCGCGAAGUGGUGUUCAGUAAACUCUCUGUUAAUCAACCCAAUAAGCUCCUUGUUGUUGGAGUUCCUGACCACAACUAACACGAAACUUAUCUUUACCUCCUGCCGUUCUAUUGGAAAAGAACAUCAAGCCCUCUCCUGUUUUAAAAGAUUUGGGGGUCUGGAUCGACUCUGCCGUAACUUUCGACGACUAUAUAGCUAAACUGUCCACGAGCUGCCUGUAUAAUGUACUAUGCAUCAAUAGAAUUUAACAUCUUUUGGACAACAAAACCCUUAUUUUGAUUAUCAAUGAUAUUUUUUUAGCAGGGUUUUUUAUUGUUCCAGUAUGGGAAAUUACAUCCGGCAAAAACAUGUCUAAGCUUCAAUUUAUUUAGAACGGCUUUGCUUGAAGAAUAAUACUAGUAUAUAGGUCUCAGAAAAAUUGAUCAUGUCUCUGCUGAGCGCAAAUCCAUACUACCCGCAAAAGAUUUGUAAUUUUCACAUAUAGCUAUUUCAAAUUAAGCUGAAAUACUAAUUUAACUAUAACUGAGAAAUGGCUUGACCACAUCAUAUAUGAAAGCGAUAUGCCUAUUCCAGGAUAUGAUAAAUGCGGAUAUCAAUUCUGUGAAUAGAUAUCUUAACGAAGACUAUUAGGGUCAAAGGUUUUGACAUUUCUGUAAGUAACAGCAGAGUGGCUUUUACAACACAACCAAAUUAAAAGUAUGCGAAAUGAAUUAAUUAGGCUAUGAUCGCUGAUGCCGAUAUGAGAGAUGCCAGAGCAAAUAAUUUUAUUCGGCUUAUUAGUGAAUAUUAGAUCUACUGGUGUAGAGGAAAAUUCAGUAACUCGAGUUGGCUCACUACUUAGCUGUUAACACCAGCCGUUAACACUUUUGUUUCGUGAUCUAAAGUGGACGCUCCGACAUUACAGUUCAUAUCUCCCAAAAUAUGUCAUUCCAUAUUCUGGGCAUCAAUUUUACCGAGAAUUAGUAGAAUUACGAGCUCUAGGCCAUGGUUCCAUUAUUUUAGAGUUCUGGGCCGCAAAGGCAGGAGUGUGGUAUGAGGUUGGGGGUGGGAGAUGGCUAAUAAAGGUCAAUAAAUACAGUAUAAUUCAUGUAAUAAAUAACUUCAGACCUGAUACAGACUUUUUACCAAACGCUGACGUAAGUUAUUAUCAUUUUGCAGCUCAGUUACCCAGGCAUUUCGUGUUGAUACCAAACAAAUCAAUCUAUGUGCUGAAAGGGAAGAGUGGAGAAGUCACAUGUGAAGCUGAGAGCCCUUCAGUUUCUACCCUGAAGUGGGAAAAGGAACAGGAUGAUAAAUCAUAUGCAGCCGUCCCCAACAGCCAAGUUAACAUCACUAAAGAUACAAAGUAUGUGAGAGCAACCCUGAAGAUUACAAAUGCCCAGUUCGCGGACACUGGUAUAUACAAAUGCACGGUAUCAGUUCCACCAAAUAAAUCGGAUUAUAAGCUGACAAAGAUAGAAGUCAAGGGUAUGUUUGUACUCUAUUUCAUUGUAAAGGUUACUUUUACUGUUAGUAUCUCAUCAUUUCUGCAAUACAUGGCCCAGCGGCCAGCACAUUAGACUCACAAUACGGUUGUCCCCAGUCCAUGUCCUGCUCUAAGCACUUGCUGAAUUUGUUUUUUGGUAGCUAGGCGGCCGUAGUGCCACAGAGUAAAUCUACCGAGUUGUGUAGCUCGGCGGCCGUUAUUCCACAAAGUAAAUCUACCGAGAUGUGAAGCUCGGCGGCAACAUUUCAUCGUGUGAUAUUUUCGGCACUGGACAAACGAACAGCUAGGCAGGUGCAAAAGUCAGACCGGAUCAACUCGGACCGCCAGUCCGGGUCGGAUCAACUCGGUUUGACUCGGAUCGACUAAAAAAAUAAAAACAAAAUAAAUUGGAUUUCGGAUCAACUCUGAUCAUAAAAAGAAAAAUUAAAUCAGUCGGUGUCACUUACCUUUCACCCGCCAUUUUGUUUUUUUCUCACGAACUCGUGGUUGCGUAAAUUAAUUUUAUUUUUAUUUUUAUUAAUUUUAAUGAUACACUAGUGAGCAGCACACAUACACCUCCAGUGAACAUUUUCAGCUUGGAAGGAGGAGAAACCUUGCUCGCCCGGGACAAAGGAAAUUUUCAUACCCCGGGCUAGAAUCGAACUCGCGACCCGGCUUCAUUUUGCCAACAAGUUCUUAAAAAUAACUGAGCAAAAUUGGCCAAAGAAAUGUUCUUUAACAAAAGAAAAAGAAACCCGGGUUAAGCGCUUAUCGGCCUCCGAACAACUGCGCCCAGUAGAACAUCUAUCGCGCGCAGUAAAACAAAAAGUUCUUUUUACACGCUCUGAAGCACUCUGGCCAGUGUCUCCUCAAAUAACAAGCACUUGAGACGAACCAUACGAUAUCACGCUGAUCACUAGCCUUCAAAACCUUUUCAUUAUGAUACACAGUUUGGAUCGAGGUUUCACUGUACGCAACCCUUACGUUCAAAAUAUGCCAUAAUCAUAUUUAACUAUACCGCAACCACCCUUCCCCCUCAACUGCUACCUGUACCCCUAGCAAACAUGUCGAACGCACACUCCUAAGCUCCGACUACUCCUAGUUUUACGCUCGGUAAAUUGAAAGCUUGCGGAUUCUAUGACAAUACGAUAAGCCUUCUAUACGUAGCUAUUUAUGUUAUCGAUACAACCGGGUUUGAACAGGAUCCAUUACGAGCUCGUGGAGUGACUAGCCGAAAAUGUCCACAAGUAUCUGCACUGGGACCGUUGCUUUGAAAUAUUUUCCAAAACGACUGGACCUACUAUAUCAGUUCAUCUUUAUCUGUGUACGCUUAUGACCGCCAGAUCUACGAAACAACAUUUGGUUACCACCAAACUAAAGGAAAAGUACCGCUGUUGCAAUUAACUGGUAUGAAUCCAAUUUUUUGGAGGGAAAUCUGAAAAAGUACCAGACAAUAAACAUCUGUCGCAAGGGUGUCAAAGAGCACAAUGCCCAUGUGAUUAAUAUUAAGGGCACAGACAUCAGCCUAUGGAGCAGCCUUAAACUUGUAGGAGUAACAGUAGAUGACAAACUAUGUUUUAGCGAGCAUUAGCUUUAUAAGGCUGCUAUCUUACCUCAUUUAACUUAUGUGCCAUUUGUUUUGGCAUUUUUGUCGAGCAAGCGAUACACGCAGGUUAAAAAGAAUACAAGAAAAAAGACUAAGAGCCGUAUUUAACGUCAGAAAUUCAAGUUACCAGGCUUUAUUAGAUAGCGCAAAUUUACCCACUUUAAGAAAUACUAGGCGAUUAUAAGAUAUUUGCAUCUUGAUGAAUAAAAUAAACUGAAAAAUGGACUUAGUCCCAAACCGGUUCGCGAUCUAUUCACAACCCAGCAGUGAGUUUAUAUCCUCAGAUAGUCAGACUUUGCUCUACCUCGCUUCGCUGGAGUGGCUAGCGGAAAGGUGGCACUCCAUAGUCUUGUAUUUUGACAGAAAUAAAGCAUCAUUCAUUUAUUCAUUCAAGAAUCAUCCUUUGGAAGGAUAAGUGCCUUAGUGACCCUGUACAAUCUUCCCUGAUCACGGCUGUUGUCUCUCAUAAGAUAGAAUUCCCUGCGUGCCGUGUUGUUGAUGUCGGUUACACGAUUUCUUGAUACCUUGAACAUGUCCAGCGCCUUAGAUAUCCUCGUCUUCCUCUAUCUUUUCUCCGCUUUCAUGCGCCGCCUCUUCGCGUCUGCAAAAUCCGAGUUGUAUCAAGGAGCCUGAGGCCUAGCCCUAACAAUUUUCGUUCUCAAGUAGAUUAAGGCCCUGGGUCUUUACAGAAUUCUCAGAAUUUUAAGAGGGGCGGUGGUCUAGUGUAAGUAUUUUCAAGAUAUCCCAUGACUUUUAAUUUAAGGUGAUUCCUUAGUAAAAGAGCCUAUCAUAGAUUGUAGGUGAAACUUGGUAAACUGAUGUAACAGGUCAAGAAGAUGAUAAAAAAGUAAUAAAAAGUGGGGGUCACCAUGCUCGUUUUGACGUCACAAUGCUGACAAAUACGGCUAUUUUGGACCCGUUGACAUAAACUGCGCGCAGCCCAAAACUAGGCAAAAAGGAGAGAUUUUUUCGAUGAUGCAUGUGGUAUCGCACAGAAUUUGACUUUAAUGUAUUGUUUAUCCACUUACCUACCAGAAAAAAUACCCUUUAAUGCCCUCGUUGUUACGUUACGCUUAAAAGUAGAAUUAAAUUGGACACGCGCUAUUCGACCCAUGAUAGCUCAAUCCGUUUUUACAGAAUUUACAUCGAGAUAUCACAUUUAGGACACAGUGUGAUAAAGAAAGCGUUUAAAUGAAAAAUGAAAGUGAGUAAGCACAAGUUAAACAUCCACUAUCGAGGUUCUCCGUGAGGAAGUCGAACUCAGCAACACGCGUACUGCUUACGUUAUGCACAUUCCCAACACACUGAGUCUCACCUCGGCAAGAAGCAACCGCAAGCAAAAAUUCCAAUAGCGUUUCUCUUCAGUCAACUUCAUUUUAAUAAUGUUACUUCAUAUGCUCUUUUUAUACGGCGGCCAUCUUGUUAUGCGCAGCAAGAGAUGCGCAGUGCAAAGCCAGGGAAUCACCUUAAGGCUAAUCGAAAUUGUUUAGAACUGCAUCACGUGACCAGCCACGGCUUGUUUUAUCAAGAAAGCCUUUGAGUCGAAAAGCCCACUAGACAGAGAGCAAACUGUGUUCCUUUGGUGGGUCUAAAAAAAGGCUACUAAUACUCUUCUUGUAAAAACGGUAGAAAUGAAACGAGGUCAAUAACCGUCUUUCUCCUGAAGAAAAUUUUAGUUAGAGCAGGGCUGGCACUAGCCAAUGUACACCAAUCGCACCUGCCAAUUGUAACGUUUCAAGCCAUUCCGCGCUGAUUUGUAGAUACUUUGUAGGGUCAACGUUUUGACGUACAGAGAAACUGGAGUUAUACGUUUGGCAAGUGGUGGAAAUCGUACGUUACAAUUUUCAAACAAUAGAGGGCGUGAUCGAUCACGUGACCAAGUAAUUUAGAUUUAUUAUUUAUUUCAAUUUUUUUUUAAGUUUAGUUUACUUUAUUAUCAAUCUUUCCCCGUGGAUGAGAAUGGUUUUUGGAAAAUGUACAUAAAAACCAUAAUGAUUAGACCCAGGCCUUAAUCUACUUGGGCUGUCAGUGGCGCGUGACGAGCCAUGUUACUACUGUAGCCAGACUCGCAUUGUAGUCGCAUACAAGCAUAUCCAGAUCAGAGGACUAAGAAGGGUUAUCCUGCCCACUCUUGCUUACGUCUAUGCAAGAUCGUGCUUGAGACAGCCCAUGUCGACCGCCGUCGCCUUCCGGCACGAAAUAUUUUGAUUUUUGAAAAGCAGGCUUGUUGAUGUUGAUGUCGCAAUGAACAGCGGCACGAUCAGAGAGAUAACGAUAAACGCGUGGUGGACGAGCUAUGGUGUUUUCCAUUUUCUGCGUGAUAACAAGAUCAAGGAUGUGGCCGUGAGUGUGCUCAAGGCCGAGUGAUUCCAGAAGAUCCUUAAAUUUUAAGUACUGUAUCAACGUCGGUAGAGACAUCCAUGUGGAUGUGGAUAUUCAAGUCUCCAAGUUGUAUGAAUUAUUACAUGGUCUUUAAACAAGGCAGUUGAUUUCAGUGCAAAGACGGAACUACCGGCUUAUACGUAACUUAGAAAUUGCAGGCAAUAAAUUCUCUUUCAAAAAGUAGAUGUUUCGGGACUUCUUCUCGGAAGAGACCUCCUAUGGUUGGCAUACUGUAUUUGAUGGACUGGACUGGACUGGACUUGUAAAACGCGGACUUAUAAAACGGGGACUUAUAAAACGCGGACUAGUAAAAUGCGAACUUGUAAAACGAGGACUUGUAAAACGCAAAAAAAAAAUGUUGGCUUUAUUAACACGAUCAUCACAAUGUACAAAAUAGUGAUGUAAAUAAGCUAGCAGAAACUCUAAGAGCCAAGAUCAACGAACUUGACGAAGUUUUGAAGGUAAUCAAAACCGCUCCUGAGAAUAAACGAUGUGAAUCUUAUCCCCGUUUAUUAUCUGAGUCUUUAGAAAUAAGGGGAAAAGCAAAGGAUAAAUUCAGAAAGCAAAUUAAGCGGUUUUCAACCGAAAGAGAAAAUUAAGAACGAAAUAGAAACAAAGGGAAAAUGCGUUACAACAACAUAAUUGAGUCACACAGAAAACACAUCAGAAACCUGUCAAACGAACAACUGACAGAUGAGCAAAUCACUCUGCUCUCCUGGGGUUUAAAAUUUAUCCCUACACCCGUAACAACAGAAAACAACAUCAUGCGCGAACUUCUAAAAGAUUUUGAUCUCUUUGCGAGACGAAUGCGCCUCCAGUACAUAUAUUACGGUAAAGAAAAGAGCCACAUCCAUGUAACGUCAAAUCAGACUGGAAUCCACCAGUCCAGCCUUCCAUGGCUUUAGAACCCUUCCUAGAAGAAGUGAAAUUAGAGCUCGCAGAGAUUCAAUUCAAGAAACCAAAACCUAACAUCACACCCGGAGAGCUACAAGCACUCAAACAAUUGCCGCGUGACAAAACCAUUAUACUCAAAAAGGCAGACAAGGGAACAACAUCCGUGAUGAUGAGCAAAGAAAGUAAAAUAAACGUGGGUUUAGCUUUGCUGAAUGAGAAGAACAAUUAUCAACCCCUCACUCAACCUAUGGUUGAAACCACAACCAGAAAGGUUACGCAGCUAAUGAAGUCGCCGCUGCAGGAAGCCCACAUUGACGAUAUGACAGCCAAAUGGCUAUCCCUCACGCCUAAUCUUCCGCGUAUCCCUAUUUUCUACACACUUACAAAGAUUCACAAAACGACGCCUGUCGGUAGACCUAUAAUAUCAGGGUGCGAUGGCCCCACGGAGCGAAUAUCUGCAUUUGUAGAUCGACUCAUUCAGCCAAUACCACAGAAACAAGCCUAGUAUCUAAAAGAUACGACAGACUUCCUGAAUUUUAUUGAGAGUACAAAAUUGCCUAAAAAUACAGUCCUAGUCUCUAUGAACGUUACUAGUCUCUACACCAACAUACCAGACGAAGAGGGCGUAACCACCGUAUGUCACGCAACCGAAGAUUUUUAGGGGGACAAAGCCCCUAUACCCACCAAAUACCUAAGAGAAAUGCUCUACCUUAUAUUAACAGAAAACUCGUUCCAAUUCUGCGGUCGUAACAACUACCUACAAACCCAUGGAACAGCCAUAAGGAACUAAGAUGGCCGUUGCUUUUGCAAACAUCUUCAUGGCCAGAAUAGAAAAACAAAUAUUGAGUCAGAGAUGCAUCAAACCGCUUUUUUGGAAAAGGUAUACUGACGAUGUGUUUUCGCUAUGGAACACAAGUCUAGACAAAAUAGAGAGCUUUUUUGGAAAAGGUAAAUAACUUUCACUUUACGAUAAAAUUCACGGCUGAAAUGUGAGAAACAGAGAUCACGUUCUUGGACACAAAAUUGUACAAAGGGGUUAGAUUCGACAAGGAAUCAAUCCUAGACGUGCAAACAAAUUACAAACCAACAGAAACAUUCCAGAACACGAACUUCUACCCGCGUCACCCACCAGGCGUGAAAACUGAGGCUUCAUCAAAGGGGAAGCGCUCAGGCUUCUAAGGACUAAUUCCUCGCAGAUCACAUUUGAGAGGAAUAUCAGAAAUUUUCACAACCGCCUGUUAGAAAGAGGCUACCCUGCCGCUAUUUUAAGAAAGUACCUCUCUGAUGUAAAAUUUGCCGACAGGAAACAGCCCCUACAACAGAGAAACAAAUCCGCACGCAAUUAAAACUUCUACCUUUUGUUACACAAUACCACCCGGCUCUACCUAGCCUGAAGAGAAUGCUUAUGGGGAAAUGGCACCUUAUACAAAACCAGCAACGACUAAGAGAAAUCUUUAAGGAGCCUCCCCGCAUAUCUUAUCGCAAGGGAAAAUCUCUUAAGGACCUACUAGUUAGAGCGAAGCUCUGAAGGUCAUCCUACUUCCAAUACGACUUAGUGCAGCAGUCGUGUGAUGCCCGUCGCUUAUUUUUAACCAUGUUUAAGCUGUUCUUUUAUACUUAUAUCUCUCCAUUCGAAACGAGGAAAAUUAACACGAGCUUUUCGUUUUUUCACGAGACACGGUAGCUUGAAAGAAGCUGCCAACUUCUAGCCUGCGUUGCAGCCGGCCCACGUACUCGUCUAAACCAUUUGUAUAGUCCGUCUGCGAAUUAGUGCACAAAAGCUCGUUAUAAUAUCCUGCAGAGUCGCAAGGACAUAUGUGAGCGUUUCUGAUAGGCGGGUUUCUUACGGGUUUCUUACAAGCCGCACGAUUGGCCUAAUUUUUACGUGUGCGUGACGGUUGGGCGCAGUGACAUGUCAAUUAAAAUUCACAGAAGGGAGUUGGCAGGGAUCUUUUACAGUAAUCGAAAGAUCAGUUCGAACUUUAGAGCCGUCUUCUGAGCAAAAAAGCGCUUUGAGAUAAUUCCUUCAAGGCCAAAAUUUGCUAGUAAAUUUGCCGGCUGGUUUCCCAGCGUCUUCCAAUCGCUGCAGAUGUACUAUUGCGUAUUCUGUAAUCUAGCCGACAGUUCUAGAGUCAAAACAAAUGAAGAAAUCAUCACGUUAUUCACGAUAAAAACAAAAACAAAAAACUACACACAUGUAGCUAUUCAGGUCCAAGCGUUUCGUUGAAAACCAAAGACACUUAGGUUAUUUAGCCGCAAUAAAGAAGCUUAAGGCUUAAU